AUGGCUCCAAAAUAUUUAUUGUGUUAUCUUUUCUUCGGAUUAUUACAAAAUGUGAAGUGUGUGAAGAUUUCUGUUUUCCCAAUAACCCUGGAGAAUGAACUCGCCGCUCAAAAUGGUCUAGGAUGGCCGUCAGCUAUUAAUGUUGCACAAGGAAAUGAAGUUCUCAUGAAGUUGCUACUAUCUUUGGAGAAUCAAAACUCUUGUACUGUAACUGAUCCGCGAGGAUUUAAGUUUGAUAUAAGCUCACCGCCUAGUAGUAAGUAUCAAAGAUGGAAUGAUGGCUGUAGUGUUAGAGUACGAAACAUUACAUUUGACGAUGAAGGUCGCUGGCGCCUGACAGCAUCUGAAGGCAGGAAAUCAAUUACAGGAUGGAUCGAAGUUACUGUGCUAGAAAAAACAAACACGUACACAGCAGCGCCUAUAUCGCUCCAAGAUGGAGAAACGCAAACUAAAGUGGAUUUGUCAUCAUUAGACAAUGCAUAUUGUGUUGUAGCGAAGCCCUUUUCGGAAAGUUCACUAGUAUCUGGUAAAUGCAGUGUGACUUUAGAUCGAACGACGAGAGCUGUUCAGGGAAAUUGGGAAAUCUAUUUAGGUUUGCCCGGAACUGUGUCUGAAGUCCAAGCUAAAAGACAUGUAACUGUGCAAACUGAACACUUGGAUGUUGGAUAUGUUCGCGAUACGGCUCAUCGUUUACAUCUUUACUGCAAUAUUUUGCAUACGACAAAAAAUAUAACUUUUUGUCGUUUUCAAAGAACAUCUAAUCCUUAUGGAUACAAUGUGAUUGACGGACUUAGUGAUGGUAGUCAUAGUUACUACGGCAAAGGCUUUGCUCUGAAGCAAUGUGGAAUGACAAUAGAGAAGCCAACCUCCGAAGAUUACGGAACAUGGCGUUGUUCCGUGGGAGUGCAAAUGUUUGUAGGAACUCAGAUCCAGCAGCAGACCCCUAUGCAAGCCUUAAUAAGUGUCACGCCCACGUUAAUUAGAAAAGAAAAAAAUGAAGACAAGCCAAGAACGAUAUUUGUUCAAGAAGAUUCUUCAUUUACAAUAACAUGUAAUUCCGCUAUUUCUUUGUCUUAUUGUUGGUUCCAACACCCCAAUGGAACUCAAUUUACUCCUGUGAAACUUGUUAGCGAGGAACAGCUGUUUUGGUAUACCGGCGAAAGCCUCGUUGUUGGUCAUUGUGGUAUAACUUUCGCACAUGCCUCGAGUGAAGACGACGGUAGAUGGUUAUGUUCCAUGGGCCCACGGUCAAGUUUAGGUUUGGAAAUGACUGACACGGUUCAAGUAAGAGUCACAGGACCAUUAGCUGCCAAUCAGAAAAAGGUGCCGGUGAAGAUAGGAGGGAAUGCAACAUUGUAUUGCCAUACGGCGAAUGGUAGAAGACCAUUAAAAUACUGUCGAUUUUUGUCACCAAAAUUUGUCGGCAUGAGCAUCGAUUCGUCUAUUACACCUGAAAACGCAGUACUAAAUCGAUAUUACUUUACUCCUGAGAGAGAGCUUAAUUUUGGGGAUUGUUCGUUAAGUAUUUUGACAAUUGAAGAGGAUGAUGUCGGAGCUUGGACAUGUGCAGCCGUAGUUGACAACGAGGUUUUUGAGUCUAGAGAUACUAUACUGGUGUAUAUUAAUGAUCAACACCGCAAUUAUCAAUUCCAAGCUAGUGUUAUCGGAUUAUCUGUAGGUCUAUCAGGUCUUGUUAUAGUUAUAAUUGGUGUUAUCGCGUACAGACGAGCUUGGUUACAUCAUUUCUAUUGUACAAAGAAGUCAACAGUUCCAGAUGAAUAUGCCCUACAAAGACGCGCUGCCACUUCAGGUAGUAUUCAAAGUAGUAGCAGCAACGAAUAAACUAAAAAAGGUUUAAAUCAUCAUCGGAAAAUGUAAAUUAAAAAGGCCUUGACGUCAUCGAUUUUACGGUCAAUUAUUUCCUGUAAAAAACCU